GAGACCCUUUACGUUAAGCCAGCCAGGCCAACGAAACAUGUUCAAAUCCCACUUUCUAAUUGUGACAUUAUCUUGCCACCAGUUUAUGUCGGGCCCAUUUAUUUUUUUAAAAAUGUUUUAAAGAAAGAUAAUUUUAUGAACAUUCAAAAACUUUUGGCAUCACUUGGAGAUGUAUUAAACGAUUAUUAUCCUCUGGCUGGUACACUUAAAAGUACGCCUGAUGGUAGAUCUAUCAUCGAUUGUAAUGAUCGUGGCAUUCAAUUUACCAUUGCUGAGUGUUCUGGCAUUACAUUCAAUCAACUUGAAGAAAAGAAUUGGGAACAUGCGGUUAUUCCUCACGGAUUAUGGCAAUUUCCAGUAAUACCUAAUAAAAUUGAUCCAAUUCCAUUUAUGAUACAACACACCACUUUUGUUGAUGGAUCCGUAGCCCUUGGUUUUGCUAUGCAUCAUCAUAUUAUGGAUGGUCAAAGUCUUUUUACUUUUAUUAAAAAUUGGGGACGAAGAGCUCGUUUAGAACAGAUUGACCCACCUAUCCAUGAUCGAAGUUUGCUAAAAGCAAGUGGUAACCCUUCAACAUAU